AUGCCCGUUUCUAAGAGCGCCCGUCCAGUGGACGUGCCCGGAUCUGUUCCUACCCAGUACAAACGAGCGCCACCACUGGGAUUCCUGCCCAACUCGCCUCCAAACGACGCUAAUGAUGCCCAAGGUUUGAGCUUCCGCAGCAAGCAACCUUACCCGGACUACCAGAACUUCCCCCUUGGCAAUAGGUCCCCCCCACUUUCCCAUCCUUCAUCCAACGGGGGUUUCGCCCCGAACAACGCGCGUUUAGGGGCCGGAGAGCCCGCAAACGGGAUUAUCCAGGGAGAUGCUUUCGCUCUUGACGACGACGACGACGAGCAAAUACAAUUUCUAGGGAUCCGCCCUGCCCAGGGAACAGACAAGCGGCGCCGGACGCAGCGCCAGAACAAUGGCCCGUUCAACACUAAAAGCCACGAGGACGAUUUGAAUAAUGGUAUCAUCCCGGGUCUCACAGAUGCACUCGUGUUUCCAUCACCGCCAUUGAUACCCGAAAAACUCCAAAAGCCGUCCGAUAUUUUCCUCCGCCAGGUCCACGAUAUUACACCGCCGCAAGAGCCUUUUGACGACGACAGCGGCCAUUAUUUGGUUAACGUGGGCGAGCAGUUUGCCAACAGGUACGUCAUUACCCGGCUACUGGGCCAGGGAACGUUUGGACGAGUAGCCGAAGCCUACGACAAAGUGACGUUCCGCCGUUAUGCCAUUAAAAUUAUUCGCGCCAUCCCUAGAUACCGUGACGCAUCAAAGGUUGAACUUCGAGUGCUACACAUGCUCUCCCGUUAUGAUGGUAACAACAUCAACCGCUGCAUACAACUCAGAGAAUGCUUUGACUUCAGGAACCACGUAUGCCUUGUGACGGAUCUUUUGGACAUUUCGGUUUAUGACUUUUUGCGUGAAAACCGGUUCAAUCCUUUUCCUGAGCAACAUGUACUCGCGUUAGCUCGUCAGCUCAUCAAAUCUGUCGCUUAUAUUCACCGCCUGGGUCUUGUCCACACAGAUCUCAAGCCAGAAAACAUAUUGCUCCAUGACUCGAGCUAUGACACUUGCACGUACCGUCGAAGCCCGAGAGGUUCAACCCGUCAAAGAAGAGUGCUGCGCAACAUCAGCACUACUCUUAUUGAUUUUGGAUCGGCCAUUUUCGAUGAUGAGUUUCACCCUACCGUCGUUUCCACGAGACACUACAGGGCACCAGAAAUCAUCUUGGGCACUGGCUGGUCCUUCCCUUGUGAUAUGUGGUCUGUUGGGUGUGUUUUGGUCGAAUUAUGCACAGGUGCCGUACUUUUCCAGACAAGGGAUAACUUUGAGCACCUUCACCUCAUUGAAAAGGCGCUUGGGCGAAGCUUUCCUCCAUCUGUGAUAAGAAAAGCAGCCACAACAGAUCAGGGGGAGCUCUUUGUAGACUCGGCCAAGGGCAAAUUAUAUCCCUUAUCGGACUCGAAGCAGAUUAAAGCGGUUCACGACCAACUGACCAUCCGUGAGCUCCUGCGCAAGCAUAUCCCGAUGGACAGCAACACUCUUUUCUGGAACAGGCUUGUUGAUCUCGUCGACCGCAUGUUAGCUAUCGACCCUAAUGAACGAAUCACUGCAGAAGAGGCAAUUCAACAUCCUUGGUUCUGCUAA